AUGCGCGGCCUUCUGUGGUUCGCCCUUUGCGCGGGUACGCUGGCAAGUGAGGUGGUGCUGAAAGUCGCGGAGCAGUCCUGGAUCUUCGGUUUCUUUGACAAAAACUUCAGCGAGACGAAGACCUUUCCCGUCUACGAGCAAUGCGAGACCAUGUACGUGAAAUGGAGUCGGACGUCAGGAUCGAGUAGUACGCCGCCGUACUCGUUCUUGAUCUAUACCGCGUAUGUCAAGAGGCAGCGGUUGUUUGUUCGUGCCCCCGGGCAAUUGACCGGCUGUCAUUGUAGGACGUACGAUCUGCCGUUCUUCCUCGACGCCGGCAACGGCCCAACAUACAACUUUACCAUUCCCUUCGCGCCUGGGACUGAAAUGCUUAUGUGCAUGGUGCGCAUCUGUCUCGAGGUCUCUAUUCAGCGUACCAACCUCUACAUCCAGUUCGACUCCAGCGGUUCCAACGGCGGCUGCUCGGCCAUCAUCAACAUCGUGCCCAACACCACGGCUUUCAGCGAGUCUUGCACGAACGACACGCUCAACUGGCUGAGGGGCCCUUUGGACCUUGAUGCAGUCGACGCAUCAGGUUCGUGGCCGCCAUGGCCGGGACAGGUAGCAUCGCCGUUGCUUCCGCCGUAUAACGGGUCCGUGGAUGAAAUGGAUACCUUCAGCUGGGCGGUCAACCUUGCCCUAGGGCAACCGUUCUUCGUAUCCAUCGUUGACUCCGACUUCAACUUGUGGUCCAGUCCGAUAGCGCACGUUGGUGACGGCCGGACUUCUUGCCUUGAGGGAAGGUCAACGACCAGAGUCUCCCCGGGAGCGACUGCGGGAGCUGGAAUCGGCGGCCUCGUCCUAGGCCUCGUUGUAGGCUUGCUGGCGGCAUAUCUCGGCGUUCGCCGCCACAAAGCCCAACAAACCUCAGAGAAGGGAGCGCUGAACCUCCACGGCGACUCUCCGUCGAGCUACGCCCAACCUACGCCCUGGAUAGACCCUCACCUACCAGAUUCUGCCGUGACACCGAAUCACACCCUUAACAAGACACCGCAUAGCCCAACGAAGCGAGGCGACUCAGGGCCCGGGCCCGUGUAUCCCUUCACGGCUCAACGGCGCGACUCUUCUACUGCCUUAUCCUCCCUCUCGCUGUCGCCGUCGUCCAGCGCGUUUCCGGGCACUUCGAUCGGCGCCACAGCUGUAGCGCCGCGUCCCCUCAGCCCCGCCGACACGCCUCGACCGAGCGGACAGAACCUCUAUGUGGUUCAUCACGACGGUGGCGCGGCGCCGGUGACGGUGUACCAUGGCGACGAUACGCGGGUGGUGGAGCUGCCGCCGCGAUAUGUGGGAGGCGUCGGUGGCGAGGAUGUUCAAGUUGCGAGGGCGGAGGAGCGUAGGGACAGUGUCGGCGAUGAGGGUGGCGGACAAGAUGGGUUCGAUCCGCGCGUGCUCUCUCAGGAAAGGCGACCUACGCCGGUGAGAAAGCCUAGUGGGUUGGCAACUGUGGGUGAACGGCCGGUUUCCCUAGAAUGA